CAUGGAGUGGCCGGCUGAGCAGCGGAGAGUGCCAGGCCCCGAAUGGGAGUCGCUGGAGGAGUGCAAUGAGGGAUACCGGAGAGAAGCGUUAGUGAGGAGUAUGCUGCAGCGCAGUCGUGCUGAAGAGCGUGUCAUCUGUGCCAGCUCCUCGCACUCACCCCGAAGAGCCAGAGACCGUCAGGGAGGUGAUGGAGAAGUUGUGAGAGCGAGAGGAGAGAGCUGUUGUGCAGGUGUGUUCUGCUCAACAUUCGACAUAAAGAGCCUGUCAGAAGUCUGUGCCGGCUCCACGCACCAGGCCUCCAGUGCGCCUCCCCAGUCCGCUCCAGGGCAGGAGCCUUCUUCUGCGCCGGUGCCCAGUCCAGGCACGGCGUCCAGUCUCGCUUCAUGGCAGGAGCCUUCCUCUGUGCCGGUGUCCAGGCACGGCGUCCAACCCAGCUCCAUGACCGGAGCUCUCCUCUGCGCCGGUGCCCACGCUGCGCCUUGGUCCGUCCAUUACAACAACCGUGACAGUUAUACUGCACUUUGACUGCAAUCUUUUUUUGUAAAGGAGAAAAAAAGUAUGCAUAUUUCCCCCAUUUUCCGUUUUCUUGCCAGCCUGAAUGGAGAAUGUUUUAUGUAUGAACUGGUCCAAGGGGGAUAGGAGUGUAUAGCUGGCUGCACACAUUCCCUUUGAAUGCAACCAGCAGUACGAGUUGGUGUUUCCAACUGAUAUCAACAUGAAAAAGAUGUAUACUGGGGAGAUGGGUCGCCUCAAGAGCUUUGAGACCCAGAAACCGCCUUUUGAUGCUAAGAACCCCUACUUGGCCACGGUAGCGGUUAACCGCCAGCUGAACCAAGCCGGCGACCGAAAUCUGAUGCAUCUAGAGCUGGACAUCUCAGGCUCACAAAUCAGAUAUGACUCUGGGGACCACGUUGCUGUUUACCCCAUUAAUGACGUGUCAAUAGUGAACAGAAUAGGCCAGAUCCUGGAUGCCGACCUGGACACUGUUAUCUCUCUCAACAACCUUGAAAAGGAGUCCAAUAAGAAGCACCCAUUCCCGUGUCCGACAACGUACCGCACGGCUCUGACCCACUAUUUGGACAUCACCAACCCCCCUCGCACCAACGUCCUGUUUGAGCUGGCCCAGUACGCCACCGACCCCAAGGACCAGGACAUCCUGCGUAAGAUGGCCUCCGCCUCCCCCGAGGGCAAGGGUCUGUACCAGAGCUUGGUGCUGGAUUCUCAGAGGAACAUCCUGGCUGUGUUGGAGGACAUGCCGUCCCUCCACCCUACCAUAGACCACCUGUGUGAGCCGCUGCCCCGCCUACAGGCUCGCUACUACUCCAUCGCCUCCUCUGGCGAGUUGAGACCCACUAUUAGAAAAAAAGAAUAAUACGUUGUCCAUUUUAGGGAGAAAUAUAUAUUUGUACGGCAGAGCCCAUGAAGGGAGAGCAAUAUAGGAGUUCAGGAUAUGAUACCAGGAAUCUGAGAACAGCAGACCUGUUAUUGCCAGUUCAGUUCCCACUUUUUCAGUUAUUUGUUUCUUUAUUUCAUUUCUUUAUGUUUACUUAAUAACUGUGUAUUGUGUUGAUGUCAG